AUGGCGUUGAGAUCCCACCCCUUCAAGAUCCCCUAUGACCUCCGAGCAAAAGCCCGCCCCUUCAAGAUCUUCCGUGACCUCCGAGCAAAAGUCCGCCCCUUCAAGAUCCCCUAUGACCUCCGAGCAAAACCCCAUCCCUUCAAGAUCUUCCGUGACCUCCGAGCAAAAGUCCGCCCCUUCAAGAUCUUCCGUAACCUCCGAGCAAAAGCCCGCCCCUUCAAGAUCCCCUAUGACCUCCGAGCAAAACCCCACCCCUUCAAGAUCUUCCGUGACCUCCGAGCAAAACCCCACCCCUUCAAGAUCUUCCGUGACCUCCGAGCAAAACCCCACCCCUUCAAGAUCCCCUAUGACCUCCGAGCAAAAGCCCACCCCUUCAAGAUCCCCUAUGACCUCCGAGCAAAAGCCCGCCCCUUCAAGAUCUUCCGUGACCUCCGAGCAAAAGCCCGCUCCUUCAAGAUCUCCCGUGACCUCCGAGCAAAAGCCCACCCCUUCAAGAUCUUCCGUAAUCUCCGAGCAAAACCCCACCCCUUCAAGAUCCCCUAUGACCUCCGAGCAAAACCCCACCCCUUCAAGAUCUCCCGUGACCUCCGAGCAAAACCCCACCCCUUCAAGAUCUUCCGUAAUCUCCGAGCAAAACCCCACCCCUUCAAGAUCUUCCGUGACCUCCGAGCAAAAGCCCACCCCUUUCAAGAUCUUCGGUGA